AUGUUGAACAAGAUGACCUUACAUCCACAGCAGAUAAUGAUAGGUCCUAGGUUUAACAGGGCCUUAUUUGACCCCCUGCUUGUGGUGCUGCUGGCUCUUCAACUUCUUGUGGUGGCUGGUCUGGUGCGGGCUCAAACCUGCCCUUCCGUCUGCUCCUGCAGCAACCAGUUCAGCAAGGUGAUUUGUGUUCGGAAAAACCUACGUGAUGUUCCAGAUGGCAUCUCCACCAACACCCGGCUGCUGAACCUCCAUGAGAACCAAAUCCAGAUCAUCAAAGUGAACAGCUUCAAACACCUGAGGCACCUGGAAAUCCUACAGUUGAGUAGGAAUCAUAUCAGAACAAUUGAAAUCGGGGCCUUCAAUGGUCUGGCAAACCUCAACACACUGGAACUCUUCGACAAUCGUCUUACGACCAUCCCGAAUGGAGCUUUUGUAUAUUUGUCUAAACUGAAGGAGCUCUGGUUGCGAAACAACCCCAUCGAAAGCAUCCCUUCUUACGCUUUUAACAGAAUCCCUUCUUUGCGCCGGCUAGACUUAGGAGAAUUGAAAAGGCUUUCAUACAUCUCAGAAGGUGCCUUUGAAGGUCUGUCUAACUUGAGGUAUCUGAACCUUGCCAUGUGCAACCUCCGAGAAAUCCCUAACCUCACGCCGCUCAUAAAACUAGAUGAGCUGGAUCUUUCUGGGAAUCAUCUGUCUGCCAUCAGGCCUGGCUCUUUCCAGGGGUUGAUGCACCUUCAGAAACUGUGGAUGAUACAGUCCCAGAUUCAAGUGAUUGAACGCAAUGCCUUUGAUAACCUUCAGUCACUGGUGGAGAUCAACCUGGCACACAACAAUCUGACAUUACUGCCUCAUGACCUCUUCACACCCUUGCAUCAUCUAGAGCGGAUACACUUACAUCACAACCCCUGGAACUGUAACUGUGACAUCCUGUGGCUCAGCUGGUGGAUAAAAGACAUGGCCCCCUCCAAUACAGCUUGCUGUGCCCGGUGUAACACCCCUCCCAAUCUGAAAGGGAGGUACAUUGGGGAGCUUGACCAGAAUUAUUUCACAUGCUAUGCUCCUGUCAUUGUGGAGCCCCCAGCAGACCUCAAUGUCACUGAAGGCAUGGCAGCUGAGCUGAAAUGUCGGGCCUCCACGUCCCUAACUUCCGUAUCUUGGAUUACUCCAAACGGAACAGUCAUGACACACGGGGCAUAUAAAGUGCGGAUAGCUGUGCUCAGCGAUGGCACGUUAAACUUCACGAAUGUAACCGUGCAAGAUACAGGCAUGUACACAUGUAUGGUGAGUAAUUCUGUGGGAAAUACCACCGCUUCAGCCAUCCUGAAUGUUACUGCAGCAACCACUACUCCCUUCUCUUACUUUUCAACUGUCACGGUAGAGACUAUGGAACCUUCUCAGGAUGAGGCACGGACCACAGAUAACAAUGUGGGUCCCACUCCGGUGAUCGACUGGGAGACCACUAACGUGACCACCUCCCUCACGCCACAGAGCACAAGGUCGACAGAAAAGACAUUCACCAUCCCUGUGACUGAUAUAAACAGUGGGAUCCCAGGAAUUGAUGAGGUCAUGAAGACUACCAAAAUCAUCAUUGGCUGUUUCGUGGCCAUCACACUCAUGGCUGCAGUGAUGCUGGUCAUUUUCUACAAGAUGAGGAAGCAGCAUCAUCGGCAAAACCAUCAUGCCCCAACGAGGACUGUUGAAAUUAUUAAUGUGGAUGAUGAGAUUACAGGAGACACACCCAUGGAAAGCCACCUGCCCAUGCCUGCCAUUGAGCAUGAGCACCUCAAUCACUAUAACUCUUACAAAUCUCCUUUCAACCACACAACAACAGUUAACACAAUAAAUUCAAUACACAGUUCAGUGCAUGAACCGUUAUUGAUCCGGAUGAACUCUAAAGACAAUGUCCAAGAGACUCAAAUCUAA